CCACACAAUUGCAAGAUGCCAGGAAUUCUGCAUCUCGACCCAAGCAAUGGGGAGCCAACCAGGAAACUUCCUCAGGGUGUCGUCUAUGGCGUGGUGCGAAGAUCGGAUCAAAAUCAGCAGAAAGAAAUGGUGGUGUAUGGGUGGUCCACCAAUCAGCUAAAAGAAGAGAUGAACUACAUCAAGGAUGUGAGAGCCACCUUGGAAAAAGUACGGAAGCGAAUGUACGGAGACUAUGAUGAAAUGAGACAGAAGAUUUGGCAGAUCACCCAGGAGCUGUCCGUUUCACAGGCUCAGAAGGACUAUCUGGAGAACCACAUCCAAGCGCAGUCGUCAGCCCUGGACAGCUUCAACGCCGUGAACUCGGCCUUGGCGUCGGACUCCAUUGACCUGCAGAAAACGCUUGUGGAUGUUACUCUGGAAAACAGCAACAUUAAGGAUCAGAUCAGAAAUUUGCAGCAGACAUAUGAAGCGUCCAUGGACAAGCUGCGGGAGAAGCAGAGGCAGUUAGAGGCAGCACAAGUUGAAAACCAGCUGCUGAAAAUGAAGGUGGAGUCCUCCCACGCAGCCAACGCCGAGGUGAUGAGGGAGAUGACCAAGAAGCUGUACAGCCAGUACGAGGACAGGCUCCGCGAGGAGCAGCAGCGACACAGCGCCGAGCGGGCGGCGCUCCUGGAAGAAACCAAUAGUUUCCUGAAAACGAUUGAAGAAGCCAAUAAAAAGAUGCAGGCGGCAGAGAUCAGCCUAGAAGAGAAAGACCAGAGGAUUGGGGAGCUGGACAGGUUUAUCGAACGCAUGGAAAAGGAACGCCAUCAACUGCAGCUACAACUCCUAGAACACGAAACAGAAAUGUCCGGGGAAAUCACUGAUGCUGACAACGAAAGGUAUCAGCAGCUGGAGGAGGCGUCCGCCAGCCUCCGGGAGCGGAUCCGACACCUGGAUGACAUGGUGCACUGCCAGCAGAAGAAGGUCAAGCAGAUGGUCGAGGAGAUUGAAUCAUUAAAGAAAAAGGUGCAACAGAAACAGCUCUUAAUACUGCAGCUUCUAGAAAAGAUAUCUUUCUUAGAAGGAGAGAAUAAUGAGCUACAGAGCAAGUUGGAUUAUUAUUUAACAGAAACGCAGCCCAAACCUGAAGUGGAAACCAGAGAGGUCGGAGUGGGCUGUGAUCUUCUACCCAGAGAAGCAAAUCGGACCCGUGAAGUCUCUGCCAUGCCUUCCAGGAGCUAUGCCCCGUACGCCCGGGUCCUGGAGUUAACCAUGAAGAAGACUGUGACUUAGGCGCUCAGGGCCGUGCACCCUUCAGAUGGACAGAUGCCCUGGAAGCCGCAGCCUGAAGCCUGGGAAGGGCGCCUGUGGCUUCUUCAUAUACGCAGGUUAAGCCAGAAUGGAAAUUGCUGCGGUUCUGAUCCAUUUCUUAACCUGUGAAGGGAAGUGGAGGCGGAGGGGGAGGGCAGGAGAGAGGUUUACAGGGUCCUGUUUCAGACGCCGAAGCAGCAGCGCCGCUGUCCUGGGCCGUCGCCGGUUUCCCGUGCGCGCUGACGUCCUGUCAGAAGAAUUCCCUCACAAUUUAUUUUGUUUCACGAGACUUCAGUUGGGAGGAAGAAGGGCAUUCGUUUGAAAUUUCAUGUUAUUCACGCCAGGACCAUUUGUUACCGCAUGAAGGUUUUGUUUACCCAUAAAGUAUUAGAGGCAGCGCUCUCCGCUACAGAGAGGCCUGUCCGCGGGGCCUGGCUGCCCGGACUUGUCCCUGGGAGGGAGGGCGUCCAGCGCGGGGGCUGUCUCCUCGCGGGGCCCAGGCUGUGCGCAGGGUUGCGGGCACCACUGGAGAUGGUCCUCGUGUGGGCAGGCACGCUUCAUUCCAAAUUGCUGAUCCCUUGGUUUCCUUUGUGCCUUAUGCCUCUGUGGAGCCAGCUGAAAUCACUGUAUUUAUUCAACCUGUGAUUUUUUUUUUUCUCUUUUUCUUUCUCACUUUAACUGAAAGAGAAUUUUGUAUGUUGUGGAAAUUUAAUCAUUUCAAGUUUUCAGUAUUGAUCGGUGUUUUUGUUAAACGAAUGAGUAAUUUGUUCAUGCAUGCUCUACUUUGAUAUUAUAAUAACCGGUGUCACAUAAGUUUAAUAAAUGCCAUAUAUUUUGUUCUA